CACGCAGAGAAAAUCAAAAUGGACGAACAUUAAAAUCCUGACAGGAAGAACGAAGACUACCGUUUCCCUUACUGAUAAGAUAUUGUCCUGGAGGUGAACCAUGGCUGUUGAGGGGAUGCAACGGUUGAACACAGCGUCGUCAUUUGAGGGCUCUGGAAUCCCCGGUUCGAUAAAAGUCAAUUAUCGCACUGGUGCAAAGUUUGAAGGAAAUGUUGUGGACCACAAAAGGAUUGGCCAUGGGACUUUUGUUUGGCCAAAUGGAUCAAAGUACGAAGGGGAUUUCUCUGAAAAUUUGAGGCAUGGAAAAGGAACUCAAGUAUGGAGUGAUGGAAGUUCGUACACUGGAGACUUUGUCCAUGAUUUGAGGCAUGGGGAAGGAAGUAUACAGUGGUCCAAUGGAGAGACUUAUGAAGGAACAUUUUUCAAAGACCGGCGCCAUGGUAUUGGUGUUUACAAGUGGCCGGAUGGUUCCUCCUACACAGGAACGUUUUAUAUGGAUAAGAAGGAAGGCUAUGGUACCUUUAAUUUUGCCACUGGUGAUAUGUUCCAAGGUCUCUACAAAGAAGAUGAACGUGAAGGUCCUGGUGUUGUUACAUACAAAGAUGGAACUCAAGACGUGGGGAUGUGGCAUGGAGAAAAAAUCAUUAAGCUGUGCACAGAGAUUGACAAAGCCUUCACAAUCACUGACCAUCCAGAAUUUGAGUAUAAAGCUGAGGAACAUCGUGCUUACAUCACAGUGGAAGAUGAGAACCACACUUUGGCUCCAAUAGAAAAUGUGAUUUACCCUCCAGCUGCCCUUGACUAUCACCCGAAGCUGGACCUCUCAGAGAAAUUGAACGAACUGUACAGCGAAGCUCUUGAUCCCCGAAGCCUGGCUGUUGACAGAAAAACUUUCAAUGAAGAAUUCUUUAAAAGCAUGCCGAAGAAACAAGUGAUGAGUAGUCAGGUGGUGGCUUGGAAUAUGACACCCAGCAUAGUGGCUCUCCAGAAACACACUCUCAAACACGAUGCUGGAAAGUUGAGAAUAGACGUUGACAUAGAUGCAAUCUUAAAAUUAGAUCGUAGCAAAUUCAAAGACAAGGGCCCCUUAGAGAGGCAGUCCGAGGAACUGUUGGUUGCCGCAGGCUCUGGUGAUGCUGCAAUGGUGGAAUCGCUGUUGAAUUCUGGGAAGGUUCAUCCUGAUGUUUCAGAUAGACACGGGAGGACUGCUUUGAUUGGAGCAACUGUGAACUGGCACAUUGAAGUCAUCAACAUACUUCUCAACCAAGGGGCAGAUGUCAACAAACUGAGUGAUGAGGGCUGCUCUGCUCUCUCUGCUGGCACUAUCUUCUAUUACCCUGUGGAAGGUUUUCUCUACAAUAUGGCUGAACGAUACAUGGUCAAGCCUCCGGAACUUGAAUGUGCGGACAGUAAGCAAGAUGGUAUGCCCAAAGGCAUUCUUGCUAACAAUAAAGAAAGGCGUGCCAGCAGGCUGAACCAGAUCAAUAAAAUUCGGUCUGAAUCAAUCAGCACUUCUACAAGUUUGCCUCUGGCGAGCAAAAAUUCAAAAUUCAGACCGGGGGGGAAAGAUCAAGUGAAGAUUUUGACAACUCAUCCAUCAGGAACUCUUGUUGAACAUUCUGAAUUAAGAGAAGAUGAUGAUGGGAAAAUAACGCUCACGCGGUACGGCGACGGUGACUCUGCUUAUGGUGGGGACUUUGAGAAUCGUUUUGCCAAUGGAGAUGAACCCGAUGAAGAGGGGCCGGAAGAGUUUGAGUCCAAUCAAAGCAUGCGGAAUUACCACAUUGAAGUGAGCGAGCAGCUGGUGGAGCGCUGUGCCACUCAGCUCAGCCACAACACGCUGGUUGUCAGCAGAGAGGCCUCUGAGGUGGGCGACAGUAAAGCUCGACGACUUGCCGUGCAGAUGUCUCAUCACGAGAGGAUGAAACAAACCCUUGACCUUCUGCUCCGACGUGGAGCCGACCCAAACUCCUCCUCGGUGCCCAUGCCUGUGAUUUUCUUCGCCAUCAAGUCAGCGGACGUUGAGAUGGUGCAGCAGCUGCUGAUGAAAGGGGCGGACACGAACACAAAGCUGAGUGCUGAGAAAGGAGGCUUGUACCCCAUCCAUAUCGCUUGUGCAAUUCCUGGAGAGGAAGGAGUUCAUAUCACAGAGCUUCUGCUGAAUGCCCUGGCUGAUCCUGAUGCCAGGGCUCUGGAAGAUGACUCCUUUCUCAACCACACCUUGGAGGAAGAGUGGUCCAAGGACGUCAUCUCUGCAGAGUCUAAAGCUUUUCUGGGAGGUCGGACUGCUCUACAGAUAGCAUGCGCUCGAGAUGACAACUACAAGCAUGCCUGCAAGGUGGUGCGGCUGCUCUUAGAACACAAAGCCGAUGCAAGUCUUAUGUGCAAUGGAUUCUCCCCCCUGGCAUUGGCCAUUACAAGUGGAAAUGAUUUGGCAGUGGAUGAAUUGCUUUUGUUUGGGGCUGACCCAAGCCUCACCCUGACCCAUGGGGUGGGCAGCGCCCUGUGUGUGGCCACCAGCACAGAGUAUGAACACAGGAGAACCAUCCAAGGAAGAAUGCAGCUCGUCGAUAAAUUAAUCAGAGCAGGUGCUAAUGUCCUGGCUCCAAUCCAAAUUGGAGCAAAGAGGGUCACAGGCACAGCUGUGGAUUAUGCUUACUACAUGUUCAACCAGGACCGACGAAUUGCUCACAUGCCUUAUCACGCCCUCACGCAUGCCGAACGGGAAACGUAUAACGCCCGGCGCAAGCUGCUGGCUCACAUUGGUGAUAUAAUGCGGAACAAAGCGGUGGAGAGGGAGAAGAGGAAGAACUUUAAUGAUGAAAAAGAGGGAGUAAGAAGCCAGAGUCCCAGCGCCAACUUUGUUUACAUCGGUGCCGGUGCUAAGCUUCCUCCGGGGGUCAAGUCAAAAGCGGGUGCAAAGGCAGGUCAAGGUCAGGUCAAAUUUGAAUCCCCUGGGAACGAAGAGGAAGAGCUGAAAAUGGCUAUGGAGCCAGCCAGGGCACCAUCGCCCACGAGAAAACCCAUGUUUAAGUACUGCUAUGAAUGUGGCCGGUCUGUUGGUGUUCGCCUAGCUGCCUGCACCCGGUGCAAGGAGGUCUACUACUGCAGCAAGACCUGCAAACUCAAAGCCUGGAACGCCAGACACAGAGAAGAAUGUAUUCGCAUUGGAGGUCGUUCUCGGAGCCCCAGUCCCAAGCACAGAGCCAGCAGUCCUACAGCUGCAACGGUCGCUGACAGGGGAAAGAGGACAGCUGUUAAAAUCCAUGACACAGACCGUAGCAAUGCAAGACCCUCAUCAAAAUCAAGCCAGCCCUCCUUGUCAGGUGCACAGAGAAGGCAGUCAUCUGCUGCCUCAGAUAAAAAGAAAAAAGGAGAUGGAACGUCAAAUAUGCCACAAGGAAAUGAGUCUCACAGAAGUUCUAAUUCCCGAGAUAGCAAGCCUCCAAAGGGGCACUCAGUUUCUUACAGCGAGCAAAAUAGCAGGACAGGCAGUGGUAAAACUAAGAGAAGUGUGGAUGAAAGGAGUUUGCCUCUGACAAGGAAGUACAAGAGAAAUGGGGUGUUGGAAGCCGUCCCGAAGGGCAGGAACAUUCCAAAUGUUGUUGUGGUGAGAGGAAAGGCCACUCUGAAGAUAUAUCCUGUGCCUACAAGACCUCACAGACUUCCACCCUUGCAGCAUGCUACCAAGAAAUGGCUUGUGGAUGCC